CGUGUGUGGCCCAGGGACACGUCAUGCCCCGCCCCUUCCCAUCACGGAGGUGUGGCAGGGCCUCUCCUGCAGUCCUCUUCCCCUGCCCAGCCUGGUAUCAGCACAGUCCACACACAGCUCGCCGUGUACCUGACAGGCCUCAGGACCACAGGAAGGCAAUGGAGACUUCAGGAUCCUCCUCCCUGACUCAAGACCAUAGUGAAGUCCACGGAAAUACAGAAGAUGUAGACUACAAAGAGACAAAUUCCCACAAGCAAGAUGGGAAGGCCGGACUCUUUUCUCAAGAAUAUAAGAGAGACAAGUCUUCCUCCUCCUCCUCUUCUUCCUCCUCCUCCUCCUCCUCUUCCUCCUCCUCCUCUGCCUCAGACAGCAGUGAUGAGGACAAGCACCCCAGAAAAACCAGAAAACGUCGGCAGAGCCAGGGGGCUAGACACCCCCACAGGGGCGGCUCACCAGGUGCUGAGCAUGGGGAGCCUUACCUUUUAAAGGAUGAACUUCAACUCUAUGGAGGUGCCCCUGGGGAGGUGGUGCCCUUUGGAGAAUCAGAACUCCGAAGGAGAGGCUCAAACUCAUCAACCGGAGAAAUAGAGGCCUCUCUGUUAAGAAGACUGAAUAUAAAGAAAGAUGAUGAGUUUUUCCACUUCGUCCUCCUCUGCUUUGCAAUCGGGGCCUUGCUGGUGUGUUAUCACUAUUACGCAGACUGGUUCAUGUCCCUUGGGGUUGGCCUGCUCACCUUCGCCUCCCUGGAGACCGUUGGCAUCUACUUUGGUCUAGUGUACCGGAUCCACAGUGUCCUGCGCGGCUUCAUCCCCCUCUUUCAGAAGCUCAGGCAGAUGGGGUUCAGGAAGACUGACUGAGGCCAGUGCCAGGCCGGCAGCCAGGCCAGGCCCCGGUAUGACCACUAUGGCAUCCCCUGAGCACAGAGUGACGUUCUGGGAGACACGUGAGCAGGCCAGGCUGGAGCAAUAGAGAGAGCCCCUUUCCUUCCAUAUUGUCUGAACAUUAGUACCAGCCCUGGCAGAGGUAUCAUCUUGGCAUGCAAUCCAGCUGCCAGGAUGGAAGGCAGAGGGAGGAUGCAGAAACUGAGCCCUUUGUGGUGCCUGGAUCAGCAAGAAGAUUCUGGGACAUCAGGAAGCAGUAGGAGACUCCUGGGCCCUGAAGCUGUCUGGAUUUCUGGUUUCUCUCAAAUCCCCAGGCUAUCCUGGUGUACUUUCAGUUCCUACAGAGCCAUCUCAGGACAGACAGACAGUCCACUGUCCUGAGACAGGAAACUACCAUGUCAGGUCCCUUGGAUGAACCCGAUGUGGGUGAGAUAUGGGGGACUAAACCACAGCAUCUGUGCUCCAUCACCUAGUGCCAGCUCUGCAGCCCUGGACUCUGUCAAAAUUCAAAUAAAUGUUUUCU